AUGUCUUCCCAGGCCAGCUGUGAACCGCUUCAGACCUACGAGAUCUCUGACUUCAAACUCCACAAUGACUCUACACUACCGAAGCUCAAGCUGGCUUACAAGAUCCUCAACCCACACAACAGCAAGAUAGCAGUUGUACACACAUGCUUCAAAGGCCGUCUAGACACCACCCUCACGCACUCCAAUGCCUCCUUGAAGAACCACAAGAUCAUCCUUAUCGCCCUUCUCGGCAAUGGCGAGUCUUCUAGUCCGUCAAACACGCCUGAUUUCCCUAGCACUAUCGAAUAUAUGGACUGCAUCAACGCUCAGUACUCUCUCCUUACCCAGGAGCUAGGUGUCAAAGAAGUGGAUGUCAUGCUAGGGUUUUCAAUGGGAGGCCAGAUCACCUAUCACUGGAUAACCGCCCAUCCCGGUUUCAUAAAGCACGCUGUGAUCGUAUGCUCAUCAGCCAAAACAAGCAGACACAACUACCAAUUCCUUGAAGGACCCAAGGCAGCAUUGGAGAAUGCAAAAAGUCCCGAGAUGGGUAUUAGGGCAUUCGGAAAAGCAUACUCAGCGUGGCUGACCAGCGCUGAAUGGUUCGACCAGGAAUGCUACAAAGAGAUGGGCUUCCAGCAACUGCGAGACUGGGAUGAUAACGUCACUAUCCAGGGCUACGAGGGCUGGUCAGGUGACGAUCUCAAGGCCAUGUAUGGAAUGUGGCAGCGUGGCGAUAUCACUCGAUGCACCCAAGGAGGAGACCUUGAGUCAGCACUCAAGAGCAUCAAAGCAAAGGUUCUGCUGAUGCCCUGCGAAACCGAUCAGUACUUCCGGCCCUAUGUCAACGAGAGGGAAGCCAAGAGUUUGGAAAACGUGACGGUGGAGAUUAUCCCUAGUAUCUGGGGGCAUAUUGGAGGUGGUGGGGCGAACCCGAAAGACACGGACUGGAUGGACCAUCGGAUCAAGCUGUUUCUGCGGGGUUUGGCGUGA